AAGUGCUGCUGCACGCCAUCGCCACGGCCAUUUCUCCUCCAUUCUGCUCCCGUGCGUUUAGUAUUAAAACCUUGUCCUACGGUAUCGAGGUUGUCCGAGGGGCUUGCAUUGUGUAGUAUUUGCAGGUAGUUGAGACCUUGAGAACUUGUUCGACGUCGUAGUCUUGAGAGUUUUCUCUGUGUGUGUUUUUCGAGCCAUAGUGCGUGAGGGAGCGAGCUGUGAGGGGAGGGAGACAAUGUCGGGGAUGGACAAGUACGAGAAGCUGGAGAAAGUUGGUGAGGGCACUUAUGGAAAGGUGUACAAGGCUCGGGAUAAGCUCACAGGGCAGCUGGUGGCGCUGAAAAAGACUAGGUUGGAGAUGGAAGAAGAGGGCGUUCCUUCUACGGCUCUUCGUGAAGUCUCCUUACUGCAAAUGCUCUCGCAUAGCAUAUACAUUGUUAGGCUUCUUUGUGUGGAGCACGUCGAGAAGGGUGGCAAGCCCAUGCUCUACUUGGUCUUUGAGUACAUGGAUACAGAUCUGAAGAAGUACAUUGACUUGCACGGUCGUGGUCCGAGCGGGAAACCUUUACCGCCCAAAGUUGUGCAGAGCUUUAUGUACCAGUUGUGCACAGGGCUUGCGCACUGCCAUGGCCACGGAGUUAUGCACAGGGAUCUUAAGCCCCAGAACUUAUUGGUGGACAAGCAAACUCGGCGUCUCAAGAUUGCCGACCUUGGUCUUGGUCGAGCUUUCACGGUGCCAAUGAAGAGUUAUACUCACGAGAUCGUCACACUGUGGUACCGAGCUCCCGAAGUUCUUCUCGGAGCAACCCACUACUCCCUUCCUGUUGAUAUUUGGUCUGUUGGAUGUAUUUUCGCUGAGCUCGUUCGCAAAAUGCCGCUCUUCACCGGGGAUUCAGAACUUCAACAGCUCCUCCACAUCUUCAGGCUACUUGGCACACCGAAUGAAACGAUUUGGCCCGGGGUUAGCCAGCAUCGUGAUUGGCACGAGUUCCCGCAGUGGAGGCCCCAAGAGUUAUCUCUGGCGGUUCCUGGUCUAUGCGCAGUAGGCUUGGACCUUCUCGCUAAGAUGUUGGUGUUUGAACCUUCUAAAAGGAUCUCUGCCAAGGCUGCAUUGAGCCAUCCCUACUUCGCAGAUUUCGACAAAACCUCUGCUUAACCUCCAAGCAUUGAGGUUAUCUACAUCUAUGUUCAGAACCUACCAUCCAUAACGAAGGACACAGUUCACUAGGAGAACCAAGCCAAUCAUGCUGAUUGGGCAUCCCACCGCGCUUAGAGGCAUUUAUGUGCACUGUAUACUAAUAAGUAGCCAGAAGGACGUGCGGAUUGACAUUAAUAUCCAGCACUAAAUUUCCUCAUCAAAUUUUCAUGAGAGUCGAUUUCACUCGGGAGUGAAUUGAAUAGAAGACUUGCUCGACUCGAUAGGUCGAAGGAUAAAUGAUCAUUUGUGUCCUCAUCCAUUACACAUGGACAUUAUCCAGCCUUGUUUCUCAGUUCUAACGCUGAGGCUGAUAUGACGAUAUUGUAUAGAGGCAACAACAGGUUGCGAAUCAAUGUAGCUUAAACAAUUUCAAUGUGCCAAAAUAUUUUCCCAUUUCCCUCUCA